UUUUCGGCCGUCAGCUGUCUAGGACCUCGCUCAACACCAUCAAACUGAGCCAUCUCGUCUCAUUCCUCUAAGUACCGCAAGGUAGUUUCUAGGGAAUUUGGUUUAUAAGUCGCUCUUCAACCGGAGUCUCAUCCGUCCCAUUGACUUUCCCUCUCUUCCGACUCCUCUCCCUUCUCCGACUUGAUCGCCGCCAACCGCCAACAUGUCGACCUCCGAGAAGGAUAUCAAGAACGGUGCUGCUGUCGACCCCUCAAUCGAGGUUGAGUACGCCAGCGACCCCGACAGGGCUGGCUUCGACCAGGCUGCUACCAAGAGACUGCUGCGCAAGAUCGACUGGACCUUGAUUCCCUUCCUUGCCCUGCUGUACCUGCUGUCCUUCCUGGACCGCACCAACAUUGGCAAUGCUCGUCUCGCUGGCCUCGAGAAGGACCUGGGCAUGCAGGGCCUUGAUUACAACGUCGCCCUCUCAGUCUUCUUCCCUUGGUAUGUCGCUGCCGAGAUUCCCUCCAACUUGGCCAUGAAGCGCUUCCGCCCCUCUAUCUGGAUCCCCUGCAUUAUGAUCGCCUGGGGUAUUUGCUGUACCCUCAUGGGUCUUGUUAACAACUAUGCUGGACUCUUGGCUGCUCGCAUGGCUCUCGGUCUUGCUGAGGGUGGUCUUUUCCCCGGCAUCACCUACUACAUUACCAUGUGGUACCGACGUCACGAGUGCGGUCUUCGCAUGGCCAUCUUCUUCUCUGCCGCUACAGCUGCUGGUGCCUUCGGAGGUCUUCUCGCCAGAGGCAUUGUUGAGAUGAGGGGCAUUGGAGGCAGACCCGGCUGGGCCUGGAUCUUCAUCCUUGAGGGCAUUCUCACUCUCGCUGUUGCCAUCGCCGCCUUCUUCGUCAUGAACGAUUAUCCUGCCACUGCCAAGUUCCUCACUGUCGCCGAAAAGGAGGAGGUCACUCGUCGUCUUGAGCAGGACCGCUCCGCUCUUGCUGAUGAGUUCAGCAUGGUUUACUUCAAGGAUGCCAUGAAGGACUGGAAGAUCUGGGUUCACAUGCUCAUCACCAUCGGAAUCUACACUCCCCUCUACUCCUACUCUCUCUUCCUCCCCACCAUCGUCAGUGGCCUCGGAUACACCAACGAAACGGCCCAGCUGAUGACCGUUCCCCCGUAUAUCGUGGCCUGCGUCUGCUGUAUCAGUGGUGGUUGGGUGGCCGAUCGCCACAAGCAGCGUGGCAUCUACAUGAUCUUCUUCUGCCUCAUCGCAAUGACCGGCUUCAUUAUGCUUCUUUCCUCCCAGAGCAACGGAGUGAAGUAUGCUGGCUGCUUCUUCGCUGCCUCCGGUAUCUACCCCAACGUUCCCCAGGGUGUCGCUUGGAACGGCAACAAUAUCGGAGGCUCCGUCAAGAGAGGUGUUGGUAUUGCCAUGCACGUCGGGUUCGGUAACCUUGGCGGUGCUAUUGCUGGCUUCCUGUACCAGGCCAAGGACAAGCCUCACUACUACCCCGGCCACGGCACACUCCUGUCGACAUUGACCAUGUCGAUGCUUCUCUCCACCUUCAUGACGAUCUACCUCCGUCGCGAGAACGCCCGCCGAGACCGCGAGUACAAGGAUCCUUCCCAAUACACUGCUGAGGAGAAGGCUGCCGAGCGUCACAAGGGUGACAACGCCACCUUCUUCCGCUACACGGUUUGAGGGGGCCAUGAGUCUAUUGAUUUCAACGCAAUGUUUUGAGCACAGAAAAUUGGUGUUCUUAUCUGUAUAAUGCAGCACAUACGCGGAUGAUGCAUAUGCUAUAGAGAAAGAAUGGGAGCUUCCAAGGGGAUAGAUACGGCUUAUUCGAGGCCCCCUUAGAGCUGAGUAACAAAAUAGAG